AGCCUGGCUAUAGGGCUCAGGUACCCGCGCCCGGAGGAUCUGCCGACGCUGAUCCGGGUGAGCAUUGAGAGCGGGGCGCAUGACCCACCACCACCCCACAGGAUACCUGGGGCGCCUUGGCCGUGGCGCUGUUUGGGGCGCUGGGGGUCCGCGGGGAGCCCCGCCGAGGUUGUGGGGAGCCGAGCUGCUGCGCGUCCUGCCCCACGCCUGGGAUUACGUGGAGGGGGAAGGGGUGAACGUGGGGGACAACGCCGCUGCCUGGGGCUUCUUUGGGGACAGCUGGCAUCGUUACCUGGACUCGCGCGGUCUCCUGCCUGGCCGCGGCCCCCCCCCGCGUUCCCUCCCUGCCGACCCCCGAGGAUCGCGAUGCCGAAUACCUGCGCUGGGCGCUGGACGGCUGGCGGGACGCAGCGGGCACGACGCGCCCAUGGUGGCCCUGGAGGCGCUGCUGGCGGCCGGGGGCAGCUGGGAGGAGCUGGCGCCCCGCGCUGUGCUGCACGGCGGCGACAGCGACUCCACCGGAACCAUCGCCGCCGGCUGCUGGGGGCUGCGCUGGGGGCUGAGCCGCGUCCCGCCCGGGAUGCAUCGCGACAUCGAGUAUCGCCAGCGCCUGUGCCAGGUCGCGCAGCGCCUGCAUGAGCUGGCCUGGGGGCACUGAGGG